GGACAAAAGUCAUGCUUCAGUUAGUCGGUGUGAGCGAGCACCAGCGUUGGUGCGGCCUGCUCCUCACUCUGCUUCUCACAACUCAUGUGGCAGAGUCGGCUCAAGUGGUUUACAUGGGUGGCUUCUGCGAUGACGCCGAUGCUGGCCUGGACGACGCCUUGCUCGUGUUUGACUCGACUACCACUUGCUACAACGUUAUGAACAAGCACUACACCUUCUCCUGUUUGGCAGACGGCACGCCACAAGCACAGGCCUGGACGACGUCGGACUGUACCACACCUACAACCAUCACCAACUUCACUUCGGGCUGCCUGGAAGACGCACACAUUUUUUGCGCCGAGGAUACACAGCAGCCCUCGCAUACCACAGCGAUCAUGAGUGCCUAUCGAUCCGAAAACUGCAUGUCAGAGCCCAUCAGCAACCUGGCCAUCCGCGACACCUGUCCCAAUGCCGUGGCACCUUCGUUUGCCCUUUCACCAGGCAGAAAUUCUUCCAACAUUUGCGACGAUGACGACGGCUGUGUUGAAUUUUUUGCUUCCAAUCUGGGCUUUAUUCGCAUCACCGCAACCUGCUACACCGACGACACGAUUCUCGUAGAGUUUUUCAGGGAUACUUGCGACGAAAGCUACUUUCGCGCCACAGUAUCGCCGGGUGCCUGCUUUGAUGUGGGCACCAAUUACACCG